ACCGGUUCGCUUUACCCUGGCUGCCAGCAGCAGGUGUAUGAGAGAAGUAAUGGCGGACCGAGGACUGGAGAAAGCUGACAUCGGGGCAUUAAGCCCUGAACAGCAGGAAAAAUUGCGCCAGUUUAAGAUCAAGACAAGAAUAGCGAAUGAAAUGUAUCUGAGAGCUCAUCCAGAAGUAGAAAUGCUGCUGAGUGAUUUUCUGAGAGAUGUGUUUGUUAAAAGACCUACAGACAUCUGUGAAUUUGCUGUAGGUCACUUCAGUGAUCCAGGCCUACCAAGGAAAAUUCAAAUAAAAAUGGACGAGAAGGCUUCAGUGAACAUAUGAAGAGGUUUUAAACUAUAUAUGUACCAUAAAGCAAUGACAAACACAAUAAGUUUCUUCAGCAUGCUAGCACUUGCUACUCAGAGCUAUUUUGUAAUUGGGUUUUCUCAGGGGAGAAGACGCUGGCUCGUUUGUUAAAUGAGACUACAGGGAUGUAAAAACCUAUGGAGAUGAACUCCACUGAAGUGAACAAAAUACCACAAUCAAAUGUUACUAUAGUCACAUCCACUGCAUAGGAGAGGACACAUCUAAAAGCAUUUGUCUUCCUAUCAAACAUUGUCUACUUUUUAUCCACCAUUUUGUACACAAGAUGCUAUUGUCUAAACAAGAAAAUGCACAUUUUCCUCAGAAAUGUUAAUGGGAAACAUUACCUUCUGGAUUUGUCACAUUCUAUAUGGUAUUAAAAUUAUCCUUCCAGAUUUACUGACUCCCCAAUAUUGAUUAAAAAAAGCUAAAAAUACCUGCAAGUGAUGUUUUGAGCUACAUCGAAAUAUAGUUUUAUUUUUACAAAACACAGGUCUUAAAAGUGUUAUUAAUGUUAUGAUUCCUACCUUGGAGUGAACUACAAUGCAGAAUCUGUUUCUCUAAAGUUUGUGGACUUGAAAUGCCUUAACAGAAUUCAUGUAAUCUCAAAUUCAAAACAAAUCGCAAACCCAAUAUCUCUGGAAGACGCCAUAUGUAAUGUUCACUCAUCUCUCUGUAUAAGCACAGUUUAAUAAAGAUGGUA